AAGAACGAUCAUCACGAGAGAACAUAUUUCUGCGACAGACAUUUCAAACUGAUAACGGCAUCGAGAGCGAGUAAUCUCCACGCGAACUGUAUUGUAUAUAAAACAACCUCAGCUGCAGUAAACCGCAAAUGGCGACGUCGUUCUGGUACUUCUUUUUGAUAGCAUUAUGCAUUUUGGCAAGGAUCGUCGAUGGCCGCCGAGAGAUCAAGUUCAACUGUACACUGACGGCAAAUUACUACGAUUGCCUAUUUCGAGAUGUAAUCAUCCGUAGUGAAUCGGAAGCGGACAGCAUCUUUUUUGGCGAACAAAAUUUCAACGAUACCAGCAUAGCAUUUCGUGAUUGCUCAAUGGUUGUAUUGCCCAAGAAAGUGUUUGAAACAUUUCCAGCGAUUCAAUAUCUAUCAAGUGAUGCAUGUAAUAUUCAAAAGCUGCUAGGAGGAACAUUUGCCAAUGCUCAGCGAUUGCAGGAGCUUCACUUGUAUAACAACAAGAUUUCAAAGCUCAAUAAUUUCGUAUUCAAUGGAGCACUGCAGUUGGAGAUACUCUCGUUGUAUAAUAAUACCGUCAAAUAUCUUGAAGAACACGCAUUUGAUGGCCUAGGACACCUGCGCCAACUGUACAUGGAUGAUAACUUGAUAGAAAAAUUACCCGAGAGUUUGUUUUCCGGUCUAGAGGAGCUUCAAAUAUUGGAACUGCAAAACAAUAAGAUAAAAGAAAUCAAUGACGAUCAAUUUAUUCUUUGCUCAAUGCUGAGGGAAUUAAAUUUAUCUGCAAACAUGAUUAACACAUUCAACAUGACACAGUUAGUCGGAUUGAACAAGUUAGAGACCUUGGACAUUGGUAAAAACUAUUUGGACGAAGUUUUUGUGACAAAAUAUUUGCGUACCCUUAACGCUCAGGAGAACCAAGUCAGCCGAAUACUAAUGGAUCAGGGUGACUUCUUUCAGCUUACUCAUCUGAACUUAUCUCGGAACAAUAUUGCCAACAUAAACAACAUUUUCAAGUUCCGAAAUCUCAUCGAAUUGGAUGUUUCUUAUAACGAGCUAAUUACAUUAGACUUCGUCAUAUUCGCCUUUAUGAAAAACCUCAAGGACAUAAAGCUGAACAACAACCACUUGUGGAUAAUAGAUAAUGGGAUUCCCGCGCCAGCCAAGUCCCUGCGAACGCUAAAUCUUGCUCACAAUAAGUUUCUCUUUAUCGAUUUGGCAGUAUUCGAUACAUUUCCGGCACUAGAGAACAUCUACCUCCAUGGUAACGAGCUAAUCGAUAUGCGUAUCGAAGAAGUGGAGCAAAACUUUCCCUACCUCUCGUUGGUGUCCACCGACAACAACGAUUGGGAUUGUAUCAAUCUGAUGAACAUUGUUACCACCUUGGAGCGGGCCUACGUCAAGUGGUCGAACGGAAAUCGCAACUGUACGAAACCCGAGCAGCACAAGUUUAUCUGUUGUACCUCGACGGAGCAUCACCUGCGGGAGAAAAUUGUGCGGCUUACCAAGGAAAUUUACAAAUCGCGCAAAAUGAUUAAACAGCUUAUUAUGGAGAACGCCGAGUUGCGGACCGAGGUCGAGAUGCAGUUUUUGCCACCGGUGGACUAUGCAUUUUUCUGCUUUACUGUGCUGGAAGCAAGAGAGUACAAGUGCACGUACAAUGAUAACCAAAUCUGCGUUUUUCGUGGUUUGCAAUUGAAAACUGAUGAUCAGUAUACAUCCACUUCGUUUGCUUCCAUGGGGAAACCACCUAGAAAUGUGAAAUUUGAGCAAUCAUCGCUAUCGUCAGUGCCUGUCGGAGUGCUCCAAGCUUUUCCUAAUCUCGAGAAAUAUGAUGCUAGCAACAGUGGAGUAAAGUUGAUACCCGCUGGUUCAUUUUCCAGCGCUACAAACAUCCGAGAGUUGAAUCUCACCGGAAACAAAAUUCAUCUCCUCGAGAAUAACAUCUUCGAAGGAGCAAAUAAGAUUACAAGUCUGGAUCUGUCGAAAAACGUCAUCAGUGAAGUACAGGAAGGUGCAUUUAGUGGAUUGGGUCAUCUGACAAUUCUGAAUCUGAACAACAAUCAAAUUUCGAUGCUUCCAAGCAAAGUUUUUGCUCCGUUGACGUCACUGGAAAACAUUGAGUUGCAGUUCAAUUCCUUAUCGAAAAUAGAUGAUUCACAAUUUGAAACUUGCACAACUUUAGUGUCACUGAACGUGUCAAAUAACGCUCUCCAAAAGUUUGAUCUGAAACAAUUCCUGCGAGAAUGGUCGGUGGAUUCGAUAGACGUCAGUUUCAAUCAACUAAAAGCAAUAAGUAUUCCCAAAAACCUUAAGAAGCUGGUAGCAUCGAACAACCAAAUCCAAUCUGUUCAAGUUCUGGGAAAAGAACCGCAACUUAUAUUUCUCCGGUUGGCACACAACAAGCUGACCAGCAUGGACCAAGUUCCUAGCUUCAACAAACUCGUAACCCUAGAUCUGUCAUACAACGAGAUCGAGACCGUGGAUUUUAGCUCUGUAACCAAGUUCAAAAACCUUAUUCUGCUCAAACUGGACGGGAAUCGAUUGACAGCGCUAUCCAGCUCCUUGACCACUCCCUGGACCUAUUUGAAAUACAUCACAUUGUCCCAUAAUGAGCUGAUUCAGUUGGACUUGGAUGCACUGAAGACACUUUCCAGAAUCAUCAAACUGGAUUUGAGCUACAACAAGCUUACGUCGUUGCAGGCUAAGGGUAUCAGCGAUAAGUUCCCGGUAAUGGUGCGGCUGAUGAUUGAAGGAAAUGAUUUCAAGUGCGAUGGUAUUGCUGCUUUGGUGAAAGAUCUCAAAUACGCGAUGGCUGAACACAAAGUUACCGUCGACAAGUGCAAACGGGGUCAGCGGUUGAUGAAUGGAAUCUGUUGCUCAUAAAUGUCAACAUUUUUCGUGUUAUAUUAUAUUGUAUGGAAUAAUAAGUGCAAAUAUAAUCCAUGUUAAAAUGAG